AUGAACGUCAAAAUAACUGCUGUUCGUAAACACAGCCUUGGUAUAAAAGGCACAGUAUCUCCAAGGAAAAAGAAAACUCACGCUUCUGUAGUAUCCACAGGAUUACAAUCUCCAUUACCAGAGCCACUGAAUUCAUCAUCAAUAUCGAUAGAGUCACUCGGGUUUCCAGCAAAGCCUGAACCAGAAAAACCAGCACAAACACCUCCUAAACCCCCAACCUCUCAAAAACGUAAACACGGCAUUGUGAAGAAAGUUAGAAGACCCAUAGAGAGGCCCCAGCCAGUGAAGAAGGCCCCAGAACCUGCUCCAAAGGCCUCAUCACCUGAGCCAGAACCUGUAGAGACCCCUGUUUCCACAGAAACGCCUGACAGCGAAGCACCCCCGCUUCCCAAAGCCACCGCUGUCAUCCCUGAUCUCCCCGUUCUCAAAAGCAAAGAAAAAACCAAGGCAGAGAGGAAACAGAGCCGAAGUAGACGGGCAUUGAUAUUCAACACCAACGAGCCGUAUAUCAACCCAGAGCUCCUGGAACAAAUGGAUUCUGAUCAGAAACUGAAAAAACAAAUGGACAAUCAACAAAUCACCUGACAACGAUGAAUCUGCUUCAAAGCCUGCAUCUCGUGUCCAUCCCUGGGCCCAGGGAAGACUGGCUUUAUCCCAGCAGUCCAGCCGGUUUGAGCUUCCCAUGGAUAUGAAGCUCUUAGAAAAUUUGAGUCCUCAAGAUUACAUCAGAAAGUACUGUGUGAUAUCCUCACGACGACAAUAUCUGUACCAAAAAAUAUUCUAUAAAUCCCGGGACAAGUCAGGAUACAUACCUGUGAAGGAAUUGGAGAAAGCUUUGAGGGAAGUUUUAGUCGGGACUUUAACAAAACAGAGAGUAAAAGAGCUGUGUGAUUGGCUGGAGAUAAACGAAGACACAAAAAUAGACUACAAGCUCUUCUCCGGCAUGGCUGCACUGGCUGAGCGAAUUCUCUAUCCCGA